GAAACAAACAUGAGCCAGCUGCUAAAGAGGAGGGGUGAAGCUGAGCACGCCAUCAAGGAGCUGGAGUCACUGUACACACAGACCGUGAAGUCUGCAGCAGAUUUCAGGGAAAGAAUUUCAGACAAAUACAGCAGGAUCCGCGUCGUCCUGGACGCAGACGAGCGCCUGAUGAUGCAGAUUAUUGAAGCAGAGGAGACGUACAUGACAGACUGGCUGGAGUCCCAGAGGAGCAUCAUGGAAAGUCAGAUUAAAGAGAUUGACAGUUUAAGAACCAGAAGUAAAUUACUUCUUCAGCAAACAAAUGACCUGAAAUUCCUUCAGCAAAUCACAACACAGAAACUUUGCCAUCCUGUGGAUUUCUCACCGAUCAGAACCGUCGAUGAGGAUCUGUGUGAUCCAGAGAAGCUGAGAACUGUGGAGAGGCUUGUGGAUGAUCUUUCUCUGGCUCUGUCCCAACACUUUCCACGAAUGUGGUCAUAUCUGAGUUCCCCUGCUUUAGACUCUAAAACAGCACAUCCAAAUCUAGAAAUAUCAAGAAACGACAGACAAGUGUUCUGGAGACGUCAGCCGGUCAGUGGAGAACCGGACCCUCGUCCGUAUGACUCCCAGUACAGUGUAUUGGCUCUGGAGAGCUUUACCAGUGGACAGCACUACUGGGAGGUCAUUGUCCAGGACAAACCCUACUGGAUGGUUGGUGUCACCACCAGAUCCGCUGAUGGAAACAUCAAUCCGACUCAGAGUUCCUCCCGUUUGGGUGUGAACAACACCUCAUGGUGCAUCUACCAUGGAGAAGGACAGUACCUGGCAUGUCAUGACACGCAAGAAAAACGACUUUCAGUGGAAAAGAGAGUGAGAAAGUUAGGGAUCAUGGCAAAUAUCCAGAAGGGGGAGCUGUCCUUCUAUGACGCUGAUGCCAUAACCCUGCUUCAUUCUUUCUGCAUCCAGAGCACAGAGCCUCUGUACCCCAUGUUCAACCCCUGCAUUGAUGUGAAUGGACUGAACAAGCAGCCGCUUUCUUUGUUCUGGAUUAAAGAUCCCUGGAACUGGCAAGAAGAUGACGAAGAAAAAUGAAGCAAGAGAAAAAAAUGUCAAUUAUUCUGAACAGAAAAUUACUAUGUAAGGGAUUUGCUCAAAAUUUCUUCAAAAAUUUGUUCAAAAUUAUUGAUAUAUUGCAUCUCAUGUCAAAUGUACUUGGAAACAAUUCUUAAGAGUAAUUAUUGUUCUUUCCAGCAGCCGCCCUGGACUUGACUCACCAAAAUUUGCUCAUAUUUGUUACCGGGUGAAAAUAAAUUUUGGGUGUAAUGAAAACUACAUAGAUCUGUUUGUCACCUCCAGGUGACCAAAGCCUAAAAUGGUUGCUUUAAAGAGAAAACUAACAAAAAAGCCGCCAUUUAAAAAAAAAAAAAAAAGUUUUUUUAUCAUCAAGGCCAGAAUGGGGGAGUCAGGGAGAUUUCUGUUUACCGUUUGGACGGGGGGCGUGUGGGCCACACAAUUCAUUUUAAUUUUUGUUGACAAGCAAGAAAGAAACAACACAACGGUUUGAGAUUCUGAUAGUUGUGUCCAUUUGUUACAACAAACACACAGAGUCACUUCUGCAUGACCUUUGGAGUGUAAAUAUUUUAUUAGGCGGUAUCAGGUCCACUCUCAACCCACACUUUUGUCCUGAGCUAAAUGCUUUUGUACUGCUCAGUGUCGUUCACCUCAAUGAACGAGAACCUUCACUGACAUUUUUGAAGGACUUUUUUUUAACGUUCUUCCUGUGUUAGCUUUCUGUUACCAUCCACGGCGUUAACGGGUCAGUUUCGAUCCAUGUCUUAAACCAACUAAAAAUACACUAAAAACAAUAAAUUGUUUCAUCUCUUACUUAUCUUGUUAAGCUUCUUUAUCCA